CAUCACUCGCCGGACUGGAUCUAUUUUUGAAGAAGGAAUCUAUUCAAAUAAAAAAAACUGGAAAUAAAAUAAUAUUGAUAUUCCUGUUUCGGAAGACAACAGUCAGCUACCUCAACACUGAAGAUUACUAGGGGUUCGCUAAGGAUCGGAAAGAUUCCAAAAUAUCUGUUCUGGAAUAAGAAAGUUUUUCAAAACAACCCACUUUGGUAGUAUAAAAGUCCCAGAGACUCCUCGGUGGGGAUGGCAUCGGGCACGGUGACACAAGCCGGCCCGGGAUCCGUUUUGGCCCCAGAGCCGCUGGUGCCGGCAUGCAUGUUCGCUCCGGACCGAGGGAGUGGCGACGAUGUAACCGAGACGGAGCACUGCGAAGACGGUGAGGCGAUGAACGGCAGUGUCGGGGAUCAGCUCGACUUCACCAGUAAGGUGGCCCUAGUGAGCCCCAGUGGGGAGCAGUAUGACUUGUUGCUUCGACAGCUCCGAGACAGGAUGGAUGAAGGUUGCGGAGAAACCAUCUAUGUAAUUGGAGUUGGUUCAGAUGGAAGAGACUAUGGUCUGAAUGAGGCUGACAUGGAAGCUUCUAUAGCAACAGUGCGUUCACUGUCCGAGCAGGUGGAUGCUGACAUGAUCCUGCUCAGAGAGCGGCAAGAGGCAGGAGGCAAAGUUCGGGACUAUCUUAUACGCAGACGUGUUGGUGAGAGCGAUUUCCUUGAAGUGCGUGUGGCUGUAGUUGGCAAUGUGGAUGCUGGGAAGAGUACACUGCUGGGUGUUCUGACGCAUGGAGAGCUGGAUAACGGUCGUGGAUUUGCACGACAGAAACUUUUUCGGCACAAACAUGAAAUGGAGUCUGGCCGUACCAGUAGUGUUGGAAACGACAUCUUGGGCUUUGACCAGCAGGGUCAAGUGGUCAACAAGCCUGAUAGCCAUGGGGGUAGUCUUGAUUGGACCAAGAUCUGUGAAAAGUCCUCUAAAGUAAUCACUUUCAUUGACCUGGCGGGCCAUGAGAAAUACCUCAAGACGACAGUAUUUGGCAUGACCGGACACCUACCAGAUUUCUGCAUGCUUAUGGUUGGCAGCAAUGCUGGCAUUGUUGGCAUGACCAAGGAGCAUCUAGGGUUGGCACUGGCACUGAAUGUCCCUGUUUUUGUAGUGGUAACCAAAAUUGACAUGUGUCCGGCAAAUAUCCUGCAAGAAACUUUGAAACUUCUGCAGCGCUUGCUGAAAUCUCCAGGUUGCAGAAAAAUUCCAGUUUUAGUGCAGAAUAAAGACGAUGUUAUUGUAACUGCCUCAAAUUUCAGUUCUGAAAGAAUGUGUCCCAUUUUCCAGAUCUCAAAUGUCACCGGCGAGAACAUGGACCUCCUUAAGAUGUUCUUGAACUUGCUUUCCUCUAGAACAUCAUAUAGUGAUGAGGAGCCAGCAGAGUUUCAAAUUGAUGACACCUACUCUGUACCAGGAGUGGGGACAGUAGUUUCAGGAACUACAUUACGCGGAUUGAUACGCCUGAAUGAUAUUUUGUUGCUUGGUCCAGACCCACUGGGCAACUUCAUUCCUAUUGCUGUCAAGUCAAUCCAUCGGAAGCGAAUGCCUGUAAAGGAGGUUCGUGGUGGACAGACUGCUUCUUUUGCACUGAAGAAGAUCAAGCGUUCCUCCAUAAGGAAAGGAAUGGUUAUGGUGUCUCCAAAGCUUAAUCCUCAGGCAUCUUGGGAGUUUGAAGCUGAAAUUCUAGUCUUGCAUCACCCGACAACAAUUAGUCCCCGGUACCAGGCUAUGGUUCAUUGUGGCAGUAUCCGGCAAACUGCAACCAUCCUCUCAAUGAACAAGGACUGCUUGCGGACAGGGGACAAAGCCACUGUUCAUUUCCGUUUCAUAAAGACCCCCGAGUACUUACAUACUGAUCAAAGGCUGGUCUUCAGGGAGGGACGUACCAAGGCAGUCGGAACUAUUACCAAGUUAUUACAGACCACCAAUAACCUGCCCUCCAACGCCAAACCCCAACAGAUUAAAAUGCAGUCCACAAGAAAAACUCCUCUGCUGAGGAAAGAGGAGGGGUUACCAGCUGGCGGAGGGGCUACUGCAGAGGACAACCCACCGAGUCAGCAAGUUUCAGGUCGACCGAACAGCCCACUUGCAGUAAUG